GAUUUUUAAUUUCUUAGAUAAAGAUGAUGCACUAUAUCUCAUGUUGUAGACUCACCAUUUAUACCCUUGCAGAUUCAUGCCCAAAUCUGAAAACUUUAAAACUCAAUUACUGCGAUGAAAUAAGCUAUAUGGGCAUCAGAAAAAUUGCGCAGUUCUAUUUUUGGAAUAGCUCGAUGUUCAGGGUUUGAAAACUUUAGUGAUGAAUACACCUGACACGAUUUCUUUUUUGUAUUUGACAGGCAACUGAAUAGGCGCAGAAAGAAAG